GAUCUCGCAGAGCCACCCCUGAGAUAUCCGCUCAAGUGCCCUCUGUUGCCCAGCCAGAGAUCUCGCAGAGAUACCCCUGAGAUAUCCGCUCAAGUGCCCUCUGUUGCCCAGCCAGAGGCGGCGGCACUUUGCCACUCUUCGCCCUGCCACUUGAGAGUGGAAGUCGAACCGAUCCGUGUCAUGCCCAAGCGUGAUGAUUUAUGAGAAAUAAUGAGGGUGCAGAACCAAAUGUAAUGGGUUGGUUUAUUUAUGUGCGCGUGCCGGUCAUCGGGUACGGGGGGCGGAGAUCAUUCACUCUAAACUAUACUAUUUUUUAUUUGAUCAGCUAGGGCCCCUGUGCUCUAUAUAACUCUAAUUUAGAAGUGACCUGGCCACAAAUGAUAGUUCAACGAAGUGGCUUAUCACGUGGAAAUUUAAAGCAGCUAAAUACUCGAAACGCGUGUUUCUAAAUGUGGAGGGAAGAACCGGAGGGACGAGAAAAAUCCACGCGACCAUGGGGAGAACACGCAAACUCAAAUAUACAGACGUCAGGGUCGGGAUCGAACCCACGUGCUCCUGUAUACCAGGCGAGGUAGUUAACAUCUCCGACUUACCGUGGCACUGGACUUGGGGAACCGGUUUAAUCACAGGAGGCCCCCCCGUAAUCUGAACCCAGAAUCUCCAAAGUGCCAAGGCCAGCAUUCUGGUAUCUCAGCCGUCCUCUAUCUGAUCGCUUGAGGGUUCGAGGCUGGUUUUAACUCUUUCGGAGUCAACGCACCCGCAAAAGUGAGCGACCACGAGAAGGGGGAAUGACCUUUAUGGCCAGCUGUGCAAUUUGUGGCGAUGGCGGUGUUGGCUCCAAUGACACAGUCGCAACACAUGCGUUAUGCAAAGACAAAGAUUCCUCGUGUGGCAUAAAUAUAGUGCCGUUAGCGAGCACCUGUGAAGGCCGGGACAGCACACGAGGUGGUGAUGUGGUCGGCACCACGACCGGCGGCCUUUUUUCUCCCGAGUAACGAUGUUUAUGCAUCGCAACUGGUACUUAUUUGAGGCUGAGUCGACCUAGAGGAUGGCCCGGGACUGGUUCAGAUAGUCGUCACUGGUGUUGGACGUGGGCGGAAAUCGAACCCAAGUAGCCGAAUUCGUUAGCACAGCGCCCUAACCGCUACACUCCCACAUGCUGACACGCGCGUGCCCAAUUUCAAUCCUCACUGCGCUCAAUGCUUUCUCUGCACCCCGCGGGGCUUCUGUUGAGCAAUCAUCAAACUCGUGUAGAGUGCAAUAACUUUAUUCGUAUCUUCCCUGACAACAUCGGCAAAUGUGAAAAGUCACUUCCUCAGCAGCCGUUCGCUCCGCCGAGGUCUCGCCCUCUCGCGCCCCGCGCUGCGGGUUGUAACCCCAACCCUGGCGCCCCGGGGUCUUGCCGGGGUCUUCAAACCACGCGCGACCCCCGAUGGAGGAGUGGGGCCGUCAGGAUGUUGGUGAUUCUGCCCUUGAGGCAUCCGCGGGGGGCGAUCCCGUUGACAUCUGUACAGGUGACUGCGAUGAAUCUUCCACGGGUGAUUCUUCCAGGGAAUUCUUCACAGGUGAUACUCCUGCUGGGACCUGCGCAGGCAAUUCAUCCAACGGCUCCUUCACAGGUAAUUUUUCCAACAGACCCCUUACCGGUGACAUGGCCAAUGGCUCCUCCACUGGUGAUGGCUUUGUAACGGAUAUCUUCGCAGGUGAUCCCGCUACAGGGCUCUUCAGCAUCUGCGGUGAACUCCCGAGCCCCCGAGGCGACCUCUCGGUCUUCGUAAGUGACCUGUUGGUCUUCAGCGGCCACCCCUCCGUCUCCCGGCUCGACUUCUUCAUCUUCUGGCGUGGUGCACCCCCCUUGGCGCGUGACCUCUCGGCCGUCUCGGUGCCCGCCGCCCGUCCGCUGGGGAGCGAGUCCGUCGUGCCGGGAUGCUCCCACGCCCCCUCUUCCUCGGGGCCCCCCGCAUCGGCCCGCGAUGGGGGGCGCUCCUUGGUGUCAUUCCCGAGGCCUCGCCGGGUUCCAGGCCGCUCGUCCCCCCACCGCGCCUUGGCUACAGUGGCUGCUGAAACGAGAGCGAAGAAGGGACCCGUCGUGGUGAUGCUCGCCGCUGCUGCAUUUGGCAGUGGUGCACAAGCACGAUUAACAAGCAACUGAAAACAAAAAAUAACCUCAACGCGUUCGUCAACAACGCUGCGUGUGGUGCGCCUUAAAGAUAAGAGUAACACGGCGGCGUACCCCAGUUAUUUGUCCUGCCAUCUCGCUGUGUGUGCGUAACUUCGCAGCUCGCCAAACUUUAUCGUUCAAUUGUUUAUGGAGAAAUUGCUUCUGCUUAACGCGGCACUCAAACCGCGUUAAACGAGGACUUGCAGUGCUCGUUUCGAAACCCGAGAUGAGGAGCCUUCUGCUGAUCGCUCGCCGCUGUUGCUUCUCACGGCUUCAUCGCAAUCAACACCCCUGGGGGUGCCCCUUAAACCCCCGCCGUCCAACCCGAUUGGGGACGCCAGGACGGCCCCAAGCAUCUGCACAGCGGCUGCACCUCCACCACACCGCCACGAGGGAGACAAAGGCGGCCGGGCGUGGUGCUGGCCACCCACCCCCUUCCUGUGCCGUGUCGGUUUCAUAGGUGCUGCUCGCUAACAGCACUUGCCCCAACAGUCUG